AUGGCCUCCUUUAGGACUAUAGCCGCGAUACUCCAUCAACGGACUCUCAACUGGGUUCCACGUAAGGCAAAAAGGUCAUGCAUGCUCUGCCAUCGAAUUGGAAUGCAAGGUCGUUGGGAGGAGGCCCGAAUGGCGACAAGCACGCUUGGCAGAACCCCUUCAAACUUGCUUCCCUGCCAAGCAAGCUCGCAUUGCUCUCAGGAGCAGGCAGCUGGGAUCCAUGUAAGGUCCUGGAUUGGUCGGCGCCAUGACAAAACCGCUUGGACAGCGGCGCCGGGCCGGAGUUUGUUGCAUCGCAGAUUACACAGACGGCAGCUGGGCUUAAAGAAAAGGGAUCAGCAGAAGGUGCAGGCGUUGCACAACGAGGGGGAACCGAGCUGGGGUCACAGCUUUGGGGCUUCAGACGGCUAUGGCCCUUAUCCCUGGGAGCAGAAUGGUAGCGGAGGGGAGGAGUCUGAACCAGGUGAAGACUGGGUGCGCGAGCCCAUCAUCACCCUGCUGACCUCCCAGGGGGUGGUUCAGCUAGGGGGGGAGCGCGUGCCAGCGAGGCGGGCAGAAGCGUGGCAGCGGCGGCAGAGCGGGCAGCUCGGCCGGCUGCGCCCGUUUCGGGAGGAGUCGUACAUGGACCCCCACCAGCAGCUGUGCCUGGGGGCCACGUUCGACAUUCAUGCCACCAACGGGCUGGACCUAGGGCGGCGCCUGACCGUGCUUGGUUUCUGCCGCUCGGUGGCCAUGCUGAGUGACGUGGUGGAGGACUGCGUGGUGGACCAGGGGGGGCAGGUUGUCCAUGCGGAGCUGGGCAAUCCAUCGGGCCUGCACGAGCGGCUGGUGAUGACGGUGCACGUGCCGAUGCUGUGGGGCGUGCCGCCGCAGCUGGACAGCCUCAGGCACGCUAUCCGGUCAGGAGGAGGAAUCGUGGAAAAGAUGUACCGCCAGUGGAUGUUUCGGUAACAUGGCCAAAGCUGUACAUAGUAGGGGGUCAGGCCUCAAUUGAACAAUUCCUGUAAAUACUGGUUCAGGCCGACUUGUGGGGUAAGGCUUUUCCUUUGUACAUAAUCCUAGUUGCUGUUCCUGUACAUGUUAGGAGAAGUGAUUCUUCCAGUGCUUAGUGUACAGACUGCGUGCCGCGUUGCAUCUGUAUAUGUCGAUGCACACAGGUAGUGAUCUAGCAACUUAGCAAGACUUUUUAAGGGCCAGAACUAGACCGAGAGGUAUAAUUCUGACAACUUGACCACGCUCUAUGGAAAGCGUGCUUCACUGAUUUGUACAGAUUCGUUGAAAGUGAGACAACACCCCCCCGGGCUGAAAUAUCGUCGCUAGCGACGCUGGCUAGCUAGCUGGCAAUUCCGCACACGGCCAUGCAGUAGCUCGGAUUUGUUCGGCAAAUUGGUAGUUCGAUCUCGAAAAACUUUCCUGGUGGAUUAGAUCACGCACGGCUAGAAUUUUGGGGGAAACUUCCAAAAGGUGUGCUAGAUGAAGAACUAGAUUCCUGUACAGCGUCCCUUGCAUAACACCAUACGCAACUUCACACGACAGCCUAGCUAUAGCAUCCGCGAC